UCCAACGAAUACGAUUACUUCUCAUUAUAUUAUUCAUUCUGUGCCAAUCAUAUUGGACAUGUCUCCACCUCCCAUCAUAGUUUAUUGAUCAUUCACGUGUGUUAGGUCAAGUCAAGCAGGCGGCUAGGUUGUCCAUGUGCAACCCAUGAACUCAGAAAAAGGAUCUCUAUCUAUCUAAAUCUGCCAAGAAGUUUAGACUUUCACAUCACAAACUGCUUUCUGCCUUAUUGCAAUUACUUCUCUUUACUUCUUUUCAACCUUGUUCAACCAAGAACAGACUAUGGCUGGUGCCUUGGUGGGUGGAGCUGUUCUCUCAGCAUUUCUUCAGGUGGCGUUUGACCGAGCGGCUUCUCGCGAGGUCCUAGACUAUCUCAACGGAAGGAAACUGAUUGAUCGUUUGGUGCAAAAGCUGAAGAUAGAGCUGAUGUCUGCUGGUGCUGUGCUCAAUGAUGCGGAGGAGAAGCAAAUUACAGACCCAGCUGUGAAAAAGUGGCUGGAUGAGCUCAAAGAUGCUGUUUAUGUUGCAGAUGACCUACUCGAUGAGAUUGCCUACGAAGCUUUGCGAUGCAAGUUAGAAGAUGAAUCCACUACUACUAGUAAGGUAAUGGGUUUUCUCUCUACUUUUGUUAAUUCUUUUGACAAAAGGAUACAAUCCGAACUAGAAAACAUUAUAGAACAACUAGAAUCUAUUACAAAACAAAAGGAUGUCCUCCGCUUAGAAAAGGUUGCUGCUGCUGAACUACCAUCACGACCAUUGACGACUUCUUGCCCUGAAGAAUAUGGUGUGUUUGGUAGAGACAAGGAUUUGGAGGCGAUAUUUGAUAAGUUCCAAUCAGAUGAUGUGAGUGUUAAUGGUAUAUGUGUUGUUCCCAUAGUAGGUAUGGGUGGGCUUGGUAAAACAACUCUUGCUCGACUUAUAUAUAAUGACAAAAGAGUUAAGAAGAGUUUUGAUCUCAAAGCUUGGGUAUGCGUUUCAGAAAAAUAUGAUAAUUUUAGGAUAGCAAAAACUAUUUUUGAAGAGGUCACUUCAUCUGCUUGUGACAUUCAAACCAUGAAUUUGCUUCAAAAUAAGAUUAGAGAGAAAUUCAUGGAGAAGAAAGUUUUCCUAGUUUUAGACGAUGUUUGGAAUGAGAACUAUGAUGAUUGGGUUGAGUUACUUAAAGUUUUUAGAUGUGAGGCACAAGAGAUUAAGAUUAUUGUUACGACACGCAGUGAAAAAGUAGCAUUAAAAGUAGGCACAAUUUCAGCUUAUAUUUUAAAUGAAUUGUCAAUUCAAGAAUGUUGGUCAUUAUUUGAAAAACAUGCAUUUAAAAAUGGAAGCUCUAGUGAAUUUCCCUUUCUUGAGGAAAUUGGUAGACAAAUUGUCCAAAAGUGUAAAGGCUUGCCUUUAGCUGCAAAAGCACUUGGGGGUUUGCUGCGAUUUGAAGAAGAUCCAAGAAAGUGGACAGAGGUUUUGAAGAGUAGUAUAUGGGAUUUACCAAUAGAAAACAAUGGUAUUCUUCCAGCUCUAAGAUUGAGCUACCACUGCCUCCCACCACAUUUGAAGCGUUGUUUUGCAUAUUGCUCAAUCCUUCCGAAGGAUUAUGAAUUUAAAAAGGAGGAAUUAGUCCUACUGUGGAUGGCUGAAGAUUUACUACAACAAUUUGAAGGAAAUGGAAGGAUGGAAAAAAUAGGUGAACAAUACUUUCAUGAUCUAGUAUCUAGAUCGUUCUUUCAACGGUCAAGUAACAAAAAUCCAAGUUUUGUAAUGCAUGACCUAGUCAAUGACUUGGCAAUGUUUAUAGCUGGAGAAUUUUGUUUCAAGCUGGAGAUUGAUGAGUCUUGUGUAAUCACAAGAAAGACUCGCCAUUUGUCAUAUGUUAGAACUGAAUAUGAUUCCUCUAAGAAAUUUAAGGUGUCUUACAAGGCCAAGGAUUUGCGAACCUUCCUUGGAUUAGAUUUGUCAUCGCAUCGAUGGGUUCGUAAUAGGAUAUCAAUGAUGAUGAUAGAUGAUUUGUUGUUGACAUCUAAGUGCUUAAGAGUUCUUUCAUUUUCUAGCUAUAAAAACAUGAGGGAGUUACCUAAUUCUAUUGGCAAUUUGAAACAUCUACGUUAUUUAAAUCUUAGUUACACUUCAAUCAAACGGUUACCAGAUUCUCUAUGUAAUUUGUAUAAAUUGCAAACCUUGUUAUUGUUGAAAUGUGAGUCCCUUAUCGAGCUGCCUAGUAAGAUGUGGAGAUUAGUCAACUUGCGCCACUUGGAUUUAGUUGGUACAAAAUUGAAAGAGAUGCCGUUGCAUAUGGGCAAAUUGAGAAAUCUUGUGAAAUUAACUACUUUUGUUGUGGGCAAACAUUCUGCGUCUAGUAUUAAGGAGUUAGGGGAGCUCCAUCUUCUUUCUGGAGCAUUGUCUAUUUUAAACUUGCAAAACGUUCAUCAUGCUAGAGAUGCUAGGGAGGUUAAUUUGAAGGAUAAGUCGUACUUAUCUAAGUUGGUGUUUCAAUGUGGCUUUGACAAUGAAAAUUCAGAAAAGGAAAGACAUGUUCUUGAGCAAUUGUGUCCUCAUUCGAAAUUGGAGUCUCUCACCAUUGAAGAUUACGGGGGUACAAAAUUUCCAAAUUGGUUAGAAGAUUGUUCUUUCUCGAAUAUGGUGUCUAUAUGCCUUGCCAAUUGUAAGUAUUGCUCAUCCCUGCCUUCACUUGGGCACCUACCUGUCCUCAAUAAACUCUAUAUUCAAGGUUUUCAUUUUGUAUUGCGUGUGGAUCGUGAGUUCUAUGGGGAUGGUUCUUCUACAAUUAAGCCUUUUAAAUCCCUUGAAGUAUUGAGCUUUGAAGACAUGCCAGAGUGGCAGGAAUGGUUUUUAUUUGAAGGUGAACAUGAAGAUGGGGUUGGAGUUUUCUCUACUCUCAAAGAGCUUUGCAUAAUUGAAUGUCCCAAGCUAAGUGGUGGUCUACCCAGUCAGCUUCCCUCUUUAAUCAAACUUCAUAUUGCAGAAUGUCAGCAACUUGCUUCAGUUCCUAGAGCUCCAACUCUCGAUACAUUGAAAUUAAGAGAUUGUGAUAAGGUUGUGUUGAAGGAAAUACCACCCAAGUUGGAUGACCUCUUUAUUAGAGGAGGUCGCAUCUUCUUGCUGUCGUUUGCGGAGCUUAUGACGUGUGUCGCUGUCCCAGGAAGUGGCAUACCCACUACAUUAAAAUCACUUGAAAUCGAAGGAACAUUUCAGAUCACAACGGGCCAUUACUAUCCUUCUCUUGAAAGUCUGGUAAUAAGGGAUGACUCUGACUCACUCUGGUCUUUUCCCUUAGAGUCGUACCCAAAACUCAAAUCUCUCAUAGUGUCCGAAAGUAAAAAUCUUGAAUCUCUUUUCGUAUCAGAGGAAUCUUACCGUGAUCUUAGUUCUCUCACUGAUUUGUGUAUUUACUCAUCCCCUAAUUUUGUAUCACUUUUUAGUGGAGGUAUCUGCGCCCCUAAUUUGAUAUCGAUUUCGAUCAACAAUUGCAAUAAGUUAAAGUCAUUGCCUGAAAAUAUGCGCAUCCUAUUCCCAUCCCUUCAGUAUUUGUAUGUCCGUGAGUGUCCAAAACUGGAAUCAUUUCCUGAGGGAGGUUUGCCCUUAAAUUUAGUAUCACUUGAAGUCUCUUACUGCGACAAACUAUUUUCCCGGGGAUUGCAGGAUCUACACUCCCUCAGAGAGAUCUGUAUCGACGACGAUAAUUGCAAAGAAGUGGAGUCCUUUCCGGAGGAAGCGUUGCUGCCUCCCACUCUCACAAAUAUCAAUAUUUCAUCUUUUCCAAAGCUGAAAUCACUCAAGGGUUUUCAACAUCUCACCUCUCUAAAAAAUUUGGGUAUUACUGAAUGCAAUAACCUCCAGUACUUACCAGAAGAGGGCUUUCCCACCACUCUUUCUUCUCUAAUUAUUGAAGAUUGCCAUCUUCUAAAACAACGGUGUGAGAGAGAGAAAGGGGAAGAAUGGCCAAAAAUUGCGCACAUCCCCAACAUAGUGAUUGACGAUGAAUUGAUCGAAUGAGCUAUGAGUCAACAUGCGCUUCAGCCCAGAUCAGUGUCACUAACAAAUCCUCCAUGCUUCAAGCAUCACUUUUGUGCUACCUGGCUGCCAAUCCUUUUGCAUUGUACAAACUACUAAGUUCUUAAUCUGUUUUCAAGUCACCUGUAGAAAAUUCAUCCUUCUAUCUUCAUCAACAUCCAAACAUUUCCUUACUCUUAUUCUUUCUGGAGCUGCACUUGCUUCAUUUUCCGAUCACUACAUUUCACCUUUGGACAUUUGAAGUGUGAGACACAGACUUUGAAGGAGUAAUUAUCCUAGAUGGUUUUUUAAUCUCAGGUAGACACUGGGAUAGUUUGAAGCUAGUGCUGCUUUAAUAGCUUUAAACAGUUGCUGAAUUUCUUAUGCAUGAGAAUCUUUUGAUUGAAUGAUGCUGAAUAAACCGUAACUGAGCAACUUAGGAAGAGGCAUUAAUAUUGUUCGGGCACUUGAGAAGGGCUUUAUUUUCUCAUACAUGAGUCACAGAAAAUAAAUUAUCAGGGUAUAAGGCCAAGCUCAGUUCAAGCCUCCUUAUCUAUAUGAAAAAGAAGAAAUGAUGCCAAAAUAAGGGAAAAAUCUUGCAAGACUCGCAUCCCCUACAUAAGAAUCAAUUAUAAAGUUUUGGUGGAUGCUAAAACUCUUAAAGAGACCCAAUCCCCUGUUUGCUCCACACAAGAGAUAGCUAGCAACAUGACUCAAUUUUAUUACCAGAUAGAGAUGUUUCAUGCUACAUCCAGAAAUUGUGAAGAGAAGGAAUUCUUGUGCAGAUUAACUUUAAUUUGCCAACAAGUUCCACAUAAAUCCAGCAUCUAUUUGGCGCGAUAUCAGAGCCUAUUGGUCACUAAAAAAAACUUCUUAUCUUGAGGAUUUAUGGUUACUUGAAUCCAACUGGAGGGACCUGCAGCAUUAUUCAGCUUCUUCAUUUUGAGUCCAAACUCUUGGUGGUACAAGAAGAAAGUGGAAGAUUGAGGGAAUGAAAUCUCUGGUUUUUAAUCUCAAGUGGACAUUGGGGUAGUUUGAAGCUAGUGUUGCUUUAAUACCUUCAACUGUUGCUGAAUUUUUUAAGCAUGAGAAUCUUUUGAUUGAAUGAUGCUGAAUAAACUUUAACUGAGCAACCCAAGAAAAGGCAUUCAUAAUGUUUGAUUACUUCAGAAGGGCUUUAGAAUACAUGAGUCAUAGAGAAUAAAUUAUCAGGGUACAAGGCCAAGCUCAAUUCAAGCCUCCUGAUCUGUAUGACAAAGAAGAAAUGAUGCCAAAAUAAGGGGAAAAUCUUGCCAGAAGACUUGCAUCCCCUGCAUAAGAAUCAAUUAUAAAGUUUUGGUUGGUGCUAAAACUCUUGAAGAGGCCCGAUACCUUGUUUCAUUCCACGCGAGAUAGCUAGCAACAUGACUCAAUUUUAUUGUCAGAUAUGAAAGGUUUCAAGCAACAUCCAAAAAUUGCUGAAGGGAAGGAAUUCUUGUGUAGAUUCACUUUAAUUUGUCAACAAGUGCAACACAAGCUCAGCAUCUAUUUGGCAUGAUAUCAGUGGCUACUUGUCCUCUUACAUCAACCACACUCCUAAAUUUCUAAUAUGCUUCCAGGUAACUAGUAAAAAUAUUCUUAUCUUGAGGAUUUAUGGUUACUUGACUCCUUUGCCCGCAUUUCAACUACCUGCAGCAUUAUUCCGCUCCUUCAUUUUGAGUCCAAACUCCUGGUGGUACAAAAAUAAAGUGGGAGUUGAGGGAUUGACAAGUCUCUGGUAGUUCAAUUUUUUUUUUUCCUUAAUCUUAUGUAUUCGAUGACUAACAGAUUGAUUCUUUUAACUAUUUAAACUAUUAGAAGUUCAAAAUGUGAUUGUAACAUUUGUCUUGAGAAAUAUGGCAGGAUAUUUGACCAUAUUUGACAAGCAGCACGUGGAACCUAGUGCAGACUUGUAGCUUCCAUUAUCACAUUUUUUAGGUUAAAAAUCACUUCUCAGUCUUAGUGAGAGAAGUUCUUUUGAUUGAACAAUGCAGAUGUAACAGACAUGUCACCUGUGGGUGGAAUGGCCUUUGUAAUGACAUUCCCUGUUGGAGUUUUUAAUCAUGAAGAAAUCAACUAAUUGAGUCUUUUCCACUGGAGGUCCCUGCUUGGAAUUCUUGUUUUGUUGUCUUUAAUGAAUACUAUGUGGGCCUGGAAGUCUUGGAAGACAAAAAAACCAUGCUGGAUGGAUCAUGCAAUUGUCGGUGAGUCACUAACAUGUGCCCCACACGCCCAGCUCAUCUUUCUUUCUUAUCAAAAUUCAAGCAUUCCCUUACUCUUAUUCUUUCUGGGGCUUCUCUUGUGUCAUUAUCCAUUCUCCCAUUUUCAAAUUUGGACUUUUAAUGUGCAACAGACAGACUUUGACAGAAUUAAACCUUGAAUAACUAACUGUGCAACCAUGAAAAUUUGAGAUAGUUCAGUGACAGGAGAAGGCCAAGAUCAAUUCAACAUGAAUUAUAGAAAAGAGAUUAUCAAGAUAUAAAGGCCAAGUUUGAUUCAAGCCAAAUGAUAGGCCAAGUGCCUCCCUUUCUUAUCUAUGAUCUAUGGAAGGCUUAAAAAAAAGGAAAAUGAUGCCAAAAGAAGGGAAAAUUGAUGCAAGGUAGCUCACAAUGCCUGCAAAAGAAUCGAUAAUGAAGUUUUGGAGUGUGCUAAAAACUUAAAGACAUGACCCAACCCCCUGUCUCAGUCCACACAGGAGAGAGCUAGAAGCACUACUCAAUUUCAUAGUCAGAUUUACUUCGAUUUGUCAAGUAGUGCAACACAAACCCGACAUCUAUUUGGUGUAAUAUCAGUGCCUAUUGGUCCUCUUGCAUCAGUUAAACUCCACAAUUUCUGCUACGUUUCCUGGUCACUGAAUGUAUCUUUUCAUCUUGAGGAUUUUUCGUUAUGUGAAUCCGUUGCCAACAUUACCACUGGAGAGACCUGCAGCAUUAUUCAACUCCUUCAUUUCAAGUCCAAACUCUCGGUGGAACAAAAAGACACGAAUGAUUGGUGGAUUGGCAAGUCUCUGAAUAAACUUUAACUGAGCAACCCAGGAAGAGACAUUAAUGUUGUUUGGUUACUUGAGAAGGGCUUUAGUUUCUCAGACAAGAAUCAUAGAAAAUAAAUUAUCUGGGUAUAAGUCCAAGCUCGAUUCAAGCCUCCUGAGCUUCAUGAAAAAGAAGAAAUGAUGCCAAAAUAAGGGGAAAAUCUUGCAAGAAGGCUCAUCCCCUGCAAAAGAAUCAAUUAUAAAGUUUUGAUGUGAGAGGUUUCAAGCUACAUCCGGAAAUUGUAAAGGGAUGGAUUCUUGUGCAGAUUCACUUCAAUUUUUCAUCAAGUGCAACACAAGCCCAGCAUCUAUUUGGCUUGAUAUCAGUGCCUAUUUGUCCUCUUACAUCAGACUCUCCUUUGCCACAUUCCAACUGAAGGGACCUGCAGCAUUAUUCAGUUCCUUCAUUUUGAGUCCAAACUCCUGGUGCUACAACAAGAAGGAGGAAGAUUGAGGGAAUAACAAACUCUGACACAUCACAUGUGGGUGGAAUGUCCUUUGUUUUGACAUCUGUUGGAGUAUUUAAUCAUGAAGAAAUCAACUAAUGGAGUCUUUUCUGCUGGAGGUCCCUGCUAGAAAUCAACUAAUGAAAACCAUGUUUGCCUGCAAGUCUUGGAACAAAAAAAUCCAUGCCGGAUGGGUCAUGCAAUUAAAGGUCAACAACUACCUCUCUCUGAGCUUUGUGAAUUGACGGUGGACAGAAAAAUGUCAGUCCUCUCCAGAAUUUUGGUUCUUUCUUCUCUUCCACACUCCAGAUAGUUCAAAAGGCUCAGCACAUCACUGUACUUGUCGUCAUUGCUGUCCUCACUGUUGUUACUAUCAAUAAUUCUAAAUUUUCCUAUGCUGAGAUUGUGAUGCGAGAGGCAUAGACGGGGGAACUUUCCCAAGAUGGCUCAGGUGCUUGUUCCAUGAUAGAUCAAGGCCAUUCUUGAGGCUCUAUUGUGUCACUACCAGCAAUUACCAGUAUGUGUUUUCAAACCAAAAGGUUUUCAAACACAAUAUGUGCAACAUGUUGAGGCUUCCCACAAUAACAUACCUGACAAUUGCUUGACAUCAUCCUAUUGAUGAAUACAAUAUUUCUAGGCUUGGUUUUAAGAUCUAAGGUGGCAGCUGCCAACCAAAUUUGUCCGUAUACAAUCAAAGCUUCCAAAGAGCUAAAUUUGCAUCCAACAAGCAGCAAUGAUAUUUUUCCUGCCAUCCUGUUCUUUCUAAUUUCAUAUGAAGUUUGGACUUCCAUGUGUAUUUUGGUACAAUGAAGAGCAAUGGUGAGAAUCGUGUAGCUCCAGUUUUUAGAUUCUAGAUUUGAUUGGAAAUAUAUCACUUAGGCAAUUUAUAUAAUAUCAAUUGUGAUUGUUACAUAUGAAGAACUUGAUCAUUUUCUAAAUGAGUUUGCUCAGAUUUAAUCUGAAAUAUUCUUGAAUUU